CGUCUCGAAGGAUAAAGAUGGCGGGUUUUUUAAAUACUUAUUUUUUCGGAUUUCUUGUUGCAGUUUUGGACUUUUGGUUAUCACUUGUAGAGUUUUUAACACAAACCGAUAAUCGAAGCACUUUUUAAAAAUUUCAUUCAUUUUUUUCUUGUUUUAUCCGGCAAGUUUAUAUUUCGUGUGAGAAAUGGAAAUGCAAAAAUUAUCUGCACAUGAAUUCGUAAAAGUUUCAAGUAUUGGUUUGGAAAAGAUGGUGAAAGAUAUUGCGAAGCUUAAACAGUCACUUUCUAAGGUUCUUUCCGUCAACACUAUGUCAAUGUUGUACAAGAAAAUCUAUUCUUUGGAGCAAGAAGUGAAUAGAUUACAACACGAAAUCAAAACCAAAGCAACAGAAGAAUUGGUUACUAGAAGACGCUACGAUAACAGCAUCGAAGAAGUUGAAAGAUUAAGAGAGGAGAAUUUUCAACUAAAAACGCAGUUGAAUGUCUUAGAAGAAGAAAGAUUUGAAGAAUACAAAGAGUGUUUGUCAUUUGUUGCUAUUUGUCUCACUAUCAUUUGGCAUGCUUCCAUGAAAGAUGACUGUAUUGAAUCAAUGAUAGCGAGGGAAACUAUUGUGAAAUUCUUGGAAUUUGUAACACAAUCAUUGGAAAGUUUCGCAGAAAGUAACAUUGAUGGUUCACUGCAUUCACCACCAAACAAGAUAUAUGAUAGUAGUUCCGAUGAAUAUAAUCUUGUGUCGUCAAUGAUUGGCAUCAUCACAAAUAUUGCUGCCACCCCCCUGGGUAGAGAUUACCUUUCAAGUAAAACACUUGGAGUGAAAACAUUGGAUUCUCUGAUUAUGUAUUUGCCUGAAAUGCCUACACGACAGUGUCACACCAUCAAAAAUCUUAUUCUUAAGUCCUUGUUUAAUGUGAGUAUCAACCAAACAGGACUAAAAUAUCUUUCGACGAAAAAAGGCCUGAUGACGAACCUUGGUUACCUGUUCACAGAAGAAACUGAGAGUGAACUUCGUUUGUCUUGUCUUAAUUGUAUACAGUCUUUAAUUGUCGAGCCAGAUAAUCCGUCUUUUUCUCACGAACUUCUUGAAGUGGUUUCGAUGCGAAGAUUACAAGAAAUUGCGGACACAUCCAAAGGCGAGCUAAAGAAAGUUAUCUUGGAAGUAAUGUCUGAUCUCAAUGAGGUUUUAUCUCGUCAGUCUUAACGUGUUCAAUAACCCAUGGUAGGAUUAUUCUUUUUUAUAUGUUUUGAAUGCAAUGCAAUUAAUCAAAGUCCAGUUUCGGUGGCAUACUUUUAUCUUUUGAGGAAAUCGAUUUGAUCUUUUUAAGAGUUCGUGCAUGGGUAUUGUAGUUGUUUAGAUUUAUCAAGUCCCUUGAAAGUUCAUUGUUCGAAAAAAUAUUUGACUUAACUUUCGUAAAAAGUACAUUGUAGCUAAUGCGGAUUGUACAAUUCGAAAACAUCCGUUUAAAGUUAAUAUAAUAUAUUUGUAAUUAAAUGGUUUGCAUUCCACUA